AUGAAAAACAGUGAGCAAACUGUCAAAAGAAGAAUAUUCGUGCCGCAGACCGCGGCGUGUCUCAGGAUAGUGCAGCGUGCUGCAUCGUGCACCAUAUUACGGAUAUUUAGAUUUACCCCUCAGGAGCAAACGUGGCAAUAUGAAAUCUCCAUGCUCGAAUACUUGAAGGCAUCAUUACAACACGCACACGCAUAA